CAAGGCAAGUUGCUGCAAGGCACAUCAAGUUCUGAAUUCCCGUGCCAAGUUUUCCAAGCAGAUAAAAGAGGAGGCUCCCAAGCUCUCCCAUCACAGGGGUUUCUGUCUCCGUUGCCCUCUGCUCUUUUCCUGCCACGCAGCUUUUAUUCACCAGCCUUUUUUUUUUCCCCUCUCCUGCUCUUUGCAUUUCCAAUUGAACAAGCCACCAUGAGUCGGCUCUCUUUCAGAACAUCUACUGGAGGGGGCAUGAGGGGCUUUAGCUCAGGCUCUGCUAUCGUAGGAGGUGGCGGUGGUACCAGAAGCAGUUUUAGUUCUGUCUCUGUCUCCAGAGUUGGAGGAGGAAGAGCCGGAGGUGGAGGAGGCUUCGGAGCCGGCGGUGGUUUCGGCAGCAGAAGUCUCUAUAACCUAGGUGGAAGCAAAAGAAUUUCCUACAGCUCAGUUGGUGGAGGUCUACGGAGUGGAGCCGGUGGUGGAUACAGCUUUGGUGGAGGAACUAGCUUUGGUCUUGGCUAUGGUAGUGGAGCAGGCGCUAGUUUUGGCUUAGGAGGAACUGGUGGUGCUGGCGGCUAUGGGCUGGGCGGUGGAUUUGGGCUGGGAGGUCCCGGAUUUGGUGGUCGAGGUGGCCCCGGGUUCCCUGUUUGCCCACCUGGUGGCAUCCAAGAAGUGACCGUCAACCAGAGCCUCCUGGCACCCCUCAAGCUGGAUAUCGACCCGGAAAUCCAGAAGGUGCGAACACAGGAGCGGGAGCAGAUCAAGACCCUCAACAACAAAUUUGCCUCCUUCAUCGACAAGGUGCGCUUUUUGGAGCAGCAGAACAAGGUGCUGGAGACCAAGUGGAGCCUCCUCCAAGAGCAAGGUCACACAGUCACCAGGAAGUCCCUCGAGCCCCUUUUUGAAGCCUACAUCAACAAUCUCAGACGGCAGCUAGACAGUCUCAUGGGAGAGAGGGGAAGGUUGGAUUCCGAGCUGAGGAACAUGCAGGACAUGGUGGAAGACUUUAAGAACAAAUAUGAAGAUGAGAUCAACCGGCGCACUGGUGCCGAGAAUGAGUUCGUGGUCCUCAAGAAGGAUGUUGAUGGUGCUUAUAUGAACAAAGUUGAGCUGCAGGCCAAAGCAGAUGCACUGGCAGAUGAAAUUAACUUCCUGCGAGCUCUCUACGAAGCGGAAUUGUCCCAGAUGCAGCAGCAAGUAUCCGACACCUCCGUGGUCCUGUCCAUGGACAACAACCGUAACCUGGACCUCAACAGCAUCAUUGCAGAGGUCAAAGCACAGUACGAGGACAUCGCCAACCGGAGCCGGGCUGAGGCUGAGGCUUGGUACCAAAACAAGUAUGAGGAGCUCCAGGUCUCCGCCGGGCGGCACGGCGACGACCUGCGUAACACCAAGAUAGAAAUUUCGGAGAUCAACCGGAUGGUCCAGAGGCUGCGGAACGAGAUCGAGAGUGUGAAGAAACAGUGUGCCAAUCUCCAAGCAGCCAUCGCUGAGGCGGAGGAGCGCGGGGAGAUGGCCCUCAAGGAUGCCAAGGCCAAACUGGCCGAGCUGGAGGAUGCUCUGCAGAAGGCUAAGGCUGACCUGGCACGGCAGCUCCGCGAGUACCAGGAGCUCAUGAACGUCAAGCUGGCCCUGGACAUCGAGAUCGCGACCUACAGGAAGCUGCUGGAGGGCGAGGAGAGCAGGCUUGCCGGAGAGGGAGUCGGAGCCGUGAGCGUCUCUGUGGUCAGCACCUCGAGCGGGAUGGGCUACGGCGGCGGCAGCUGCCUGGGCAUGGGCGGAGGUCUCGGCAUGGGCGGCGGCGGCGGCGGCGGCGGCGGCGGCUACAGCAUGAGCAGUGGCGGUGGCUUCGGAGUCGGGAGCGGAGGGUUGAGCGGGGGGCUCACCUACGGCGGAGGCAGCACCUUCAGCUCUGGGAGCAGCCGAGGCAUCGGCUCCAGCACAGGAGGCAGCGUGAGGAUCGUUUCCAAGACCACCACUAGCAAAAAGACCAUCAGAUAAGGAUGGUGAGCGCGGAGCCCUCGGCACGGACGACGACGUGUUUCCUGCCUUCCGAAAGCAAGUGCUGCCCUAUGAAUUCAAUGGUGUAAAUAGCUGCGCUAGACCCUCUCCUUCCUCCAUCCGUCACCCUCCACCUUUGGGGCAGCGGGGGGGAGACCAGGACCCCAACUGCGAGAAUCUGGAGCACCUUUGGCUGAAGCAUAGGUUGUAACAGGUCACUGACAGGGCUUUGGAGAGCCGCUGCAGACGCCGGGGGUGGCCCUCUUUCAGCACAGUCCUUGCUUUUCCCGUGUUCGCCCCCUGGAGCUACGCAUUUGAAGUGAAGCGGAAGCACUUUGCUGAAGGGGACAGCCGCGCUCGGCCACGCACAUUCGUUUCAUUCGUCCUAAAACAAGGGUGACAGCCUUGGGAAACCACCGGCUCCUCAGCAAUGAAAAUAGCUCCGAGAUGCUCUAAAAGCCUCUGCCCGCAACACGUGUUACAACCUCCAAAUGUUUUGUCUGCAAGUAAAGAUAUUUUUUUUUUCCAGCCCCUUCUGUUUUCUCAGGCACCUGUGGGAAAUGUUAUUGCUUUCUGUGUAUAUGAAUUGCCACACUGAUUUCUAACUCUUUGUCCUCAUGGCUACAGCCUUUUCACUUCCAAGCCUACCAUACUGUAUUGUCCAAUA